CUCAUUUUGAAAUAAAGGAUGUCAAAGUUAAAGAUAAACUUUUUAAGGUUACUGUUAGCAAAUCACAUGCCGUAUGUUCAUGCAAACAAUUUGUUAUGUGUGGAAUUGUUUGUAGGCAUGCUUUCUGUGGCUUAAAGCAGAUUGGUGUCACAAAAUUUCCAAGGAGUCUCGUGCUUAAUCGUUGGAUGAAAGUUGCAGAAAGUGGCACUUCAUUGGAAUCUAAUGUUGUGUGUUCGGAUUAUUUUAAAAUGGAGCAAGUGUCGUUGAAGUUGACAAACUUAUGGUUUGAUUUUCGUCAGAUUCUUAGCAAAGCUGGAGUUGAAAUGGAUAAGCUUGACUAUGUUCACAAAAUCAUUAAGCAGAUAAGUAGUGAUUUUGAAAAGUAUGAUGGAGAUUCUGUUGAUUUUACUAAAAAGGAUCAUAUGGCAGCUAUGGUAGGUGAACAGCCGGUUGAAGAGGUUACCAUUCUUGCACCAACUGUUUCCAGGAACAAGGGAAAUUAUUUCAAGCGUCUUGUGAGUGAUAGAGAGAAAGCAAUGACAAAAGCAAAUAAAAGAGUUCGAAGAUGUAAAGAAUGUUCGGCAACCACUCAUGAUUCGAGAACUUGUCCGAAGAAAAAGAAGGAUGGAGGAGCUGUAGUUUCGAAUAUGUUGUGAAUAUGAUUUUAAUUUUCAAUUUUAAAAGACCUUGUGCACUUGUCUUUAUAAAGUGUUAAGUACAUUUUGAUUUUAUGUUUUCUGAGUACAUUUUGAUUGUUUAUAAAUUGUCUUUAUAAAGCAUAUUAGUACUGAUACAUUGUCAGUUUAUAUUGAAUAUAUAAACUGAAUUUGUCAAGUUUUGGAGUGAAAAUGAGUUGGUUUUUAGUGAUAUAGGUAAUGUAAUUUAGUGGUGUUAUCAGUGUAAUUUAGUAGUAUACAUCCCAAGUUUUAGUGAUA